AUGUCGGUCUCCCCACACAACUGUAUGGCGUUGGUCUCGCUCAGUACCUUCCCUCCGAUCGCCCACCUGCCACGCAACAGGGCGUUGUCAGUUGGGAGUGGGGUGGGGCAAGCCGCACAUCGUGGGAGCAGCGGCAAAAUACCGUCUAUGAUUCACAAGCACUUUGCCGUACUGGCUCAAGGGGCGUGUGGCUUCAGAUCCAGCCUCAUCCACCCUCCUCCCUGUCUCCCUCCCUCCUUCCUUCCUCCUUCCCUCCCUCUGCCUUACCUUUUGCCUCUCGCCCCUUGCCCCUUCUCCCUUCCUCCCUCCCCGCACUCUGUUGCGUGCUAUGCGCCUCGGGCAUCCGCUGCCGCCAUGCCGCAGUCCUUGAUGUUAGACGAGUAUCACAUAGCUCUGAGUGCAGUGUGUACCGUGGCCAUGCAGCUUGCCUGCUUCUUCGUGGCUUAUCUUUGCCAGUUCGACAUGAUCACAGACCUUUCGGGCUCCGCGAACUUCGUCUUUAUUGCCAUCAUGACCCUGCUGCUUGGCGGGCCCCUGGAAGAUCGGGGAAAGGUGGUAACCCUCACAGUGGUGCUCUCGCGCUGUGAGCUUGGAGCGUUCCUGCUAUAUCGGGUCUGCAAGAGAGGCAAGGAUGCGAGGUUCGACGAGGUGCGCUUUAGUUGCGUCCGCUUCUUUAUCUUCUGGGUGUUCCAGAUGAUGUGGGUGUUCCUGGUUUCGGUGCCAGUCAUUCUGGUGAACAGCAGCCGGGCAGCAGAAGAACCGCUGGGGCCCUGGGACGCCCUCGGGCUUUUGCUGAGCGUGUCCGGCUGGGCGAUUCAGGUGUGCGCCGACCUGCAGAAGUAUCGCUUCAGGUCGAACCCGCUGAAUUCGGAGAAGUUCUGCAGUGUGGGCUUAUGGCGCUACUCACGGCACCCGAACUUUCUCGGUGAGAUUAUGCUCUGGUGGGGCGUCUUCAGCAUGGCCGUCCCCGUGCUUCGCGAGCUGGGUGGCUGGGCCUGGCUCGCCAUCUGCAGCCCCUUGUUCACCAUGUUCAUUCUGCUCUACCUCACGGGUCUGCCGUUCGCUGAGGGCGAAGGGCUGACCAAGAUCUACAGGGCUGGCGGCGGGAGCCAGUGGGAGGACUACGCCAGGACGACACCGCCGCUCUGGCUGCUCCCGCCAGGUGUCUACGCUCGGAUCCCGCCCCUGGCCAAGUGGAUGUGCUGCUGCGAAUUCCAUUUCCUCCGGUACAAGUCUCCGUCUGCAACGGUACCAACUUCCGCCGACAAUGGGGAAGCCGACGCUGGGAGCGGCUCCAAGACGACCUCGGGCUCCUCCUAG